AGGCACAUCCCCACCGUCAUCGCCAUCACAAUGAUUCUCAGGAGGCCGCCGUGAGAGGAGCAUCCACGCCGUGCCACAACGCCAUGGGGCCCGGCCGACCGGCGGCCACCCGACGUGAGACCAGCGUAGCCUUGUCUCCCCCCCGAGCACUCCUCGCGCUGCUCGAAGGGUCCCUGCUUCUCUGCGCAGCGGCGGGCACGCCUACUGAGGACGCGAAUUUCGGCUAUCCUGUGCUCGGAGUCCUACGCUAUCGAGAUGCCUCGGGCUCCGAAUCUAUCCACUGCACCUACGUGUCGACCCGCUUCAAACGACCUCCAUACGGCAAAGAAAAUGACACAUUCCGCGAAGCAGUGUUCCACUACGCAAACCAAAGUUGUGACCUCGGCCUGGAGAAGCCGUCGGCCAAGCACGUGGUGCUCUUGCUUCCCGUGGACGAGAGCCCGUGUCCUUUCGAGACCGCCCUCUGGCAGGUGGUCUCGGCCCGCGCUUACUCUGUUCUCGUGGCACGCAACUUAUCUGUGGAGUCUCACAGGGUUUAUUUUGCUCCCGGAUCAAAUGGCACGGUACCACCCCAGGACAUCAUCCUUGGUGAAAUGCUCGUGAAAACAGCUGAAAAGUUAAAGUCCAAGAGUGCGUUGGAGUGGUCGUCGGAGGCAGCCAAUGAGAGCGCACGCAUGGCUCCUGCGGCCAAGUUGUACCUGGUGCACGUGGACAUCACAGCCAGCUGGAUCGUCCUGGGCAUCUUGGCCUGUUCCACGGUGGCCGUCGGGGCUCUUUGGGCCGGAAACACCAAGAAGAUGCUCUUCCUCACGCUGCACCGGCGCGUCAAGCCAAAGAGCGAGCCACUGCGUGACGAUGACGCCGACCUGGACUUCGUGCCUACGGCGCUGGCUGCGGGAUCGUCAUACACGUCGUUGGCGUUGGCGAGCACGUCCUCAGUGGCGGUCUCCGAGCACAAGCGCAAGCAUCCCUAUCAUCACGAGCAGCAGCAGCAGCAGCAGCCGUGCGAUGUGCGCAGCCGUCCACGGCACGGCCAUCCACGGAAACCAACUGACGAUUUCACCAGCUCUGACCAGGAGCUGCUGAACGAGGAUAUCUACUUUGGCGAGUGCUCUGUCGACUGCAACCUCAUCACGCUGUUCGUGCUGGCGAUAGCCGUCAACCUGCUCCUGCUGUACUACUUUUUCAGCAAGAUGUGGCCUGUACUGGUUGGCUGCAUUGCGAUCGGCGCAAUGAUGUCACUGAUCAUCAUUUUCGACUGCAUCGCUUUUCUUAUACCUUGCGCCAGCGCGAGGAUGACCAACUUGGUGUUUCCGUGCUUCGUGCGGAGCAUGGAAUUGCGGCACCACAUCGCGAUAUGGUUCGCCGUGGCUAUUCCCAUCGUCUGGAUCAUAUUCCGGAAGGCCGAGCACGCUUGGAUCCUGCAGGACUUCCUGGGAUCGAGCUUCGCCAUCAACAUCCUGCGAUGCGUGCACUUUCCAAAUUUCAAGAUUAUUGCACUGAUAUCCAUCCUCCUAUUCUUGGACGACAUAUUUAUGGUGUUCAUCACAUCUUUACUCACGAAAGAUGUGAGCGUGAUGGAAAGCGUGGCCAUGGGAGUGCAAGACUUACCCGUGCUUAUGAGGGUCCCCCACUUUUUUCCGGGGGAAUCGGCCGUCUGCAACGGAAGUGCCAUGUUCCUGGGAUACGGCGACAUUGCCGUACCAGGACUCGCCGUCGCAUACUGUCGCUCGUACGACAUCAUCGUCAAGAAAGGACUGCCCUGGUACUUCCUGCUUGCAAUAGUCUGCUACGCCGCAGGAUUGAUCAUGGCACUGACCGCGAGCAGUCUGAUGGACACUGGUCAGCCUGCGCUACUCUACCUCGUUCCGGCUAUCCUGCUGCCCGUAAUACUUCUCGCCUGGUGUCGCGGCGACCUAAAAAAUUUUUGGAACGGAGAUUUCGUUCCCAAGGAAGGCCUAAUGACCGCCCGCACAGACGUGUGCGUUUCGUCGAGCGAGCAGUUCCAGAUGAUCCAGGGCCGAGGUCUGCUCUACGUCAGCACACCUGUGUUCCCAUGGCUGGCGCUGCCAAUGCCGGUCUCGCAAAAGGCUUACAACGCCAAAUGAAAUUGAGCAAACAGCGACAUGGCGGCCCGGCUUUGCUCACUUCUUUGCGUGUCUUGCUAUUUACUCUUUUAUUUUCGAGACAGACUGCAGAGAACAAGGAAGGAAAUAAACUGGGUCACAGGACGAAAGCCAAGCGCUUGGGCUGCGUUGGACCUCUUCCGCAGCCGGAACUCUCGUCUUGAAAGUGACGCAGGACAGCAAUAAUGGCUAUGCCUUCUGAGUGAACAAAAUAUAGCGAGCAUCAAAUUGG